AUGUGGUUUUGGGUUCUGUAGUGGCGUUUCUUUUUUUUUAAAUCCCAAUUUUUUUUCACUUUUAUUUCCAUCCCUGGGAGAGGCCCUGCGGAAUUCCAGACUGGCAGCGAAUCCUGAGGAAACCAGAGCGGGACAAAGGCGCAGGAGCCCGGCACAAGUUGGUGCAAGCAAAGAAACGGGGGGAAAAAAAAUUCCAUUUGCCAAGGUUUCCUAAGGAUCCAGCACGACUUUCCGUGUUUCUCUUGGAUCCCAGCACGGAAAAACUGCAGCAGCAGCUGAGGAAUAGGGAAAUAAGGGAAGGAAAAUCCAGGGAUUCUGAGGGACGAGCUGCUCCCGAGGAUGAGCUCCGUGCUCCUGCUGCUCCUGCUGCUCCCGUUUUCCGCCGGGAAUGCCGGAUCCCAGCCGGAGCAGGCGCUGCCCAGGCGGCGCCUGUCGUGCGUCAGGUGCUGCGGGCCCUCGGAGCAGCCCGUGUCCAUCCUGUCCCAAAGAUCCGCCAGGAUGAGCGGAGAGCCCCGAUAUUCCCUGCCCAAAAUCCAGCCCACCAUCGACAUCACCAUCCUCAAAGGCGAGAAGGGCGAGAUGGGCGAGCGGGGCCUGCCGGGGGCCGUGGGCCAGGCCGGGCAGCGCGGCCUGCGGGGCCCGAGCGGCCGCAAGGGCCAGAAGGGCCAGGCCGGGCCCCAGGGCCACUCCUGCAAACAACAAUUCGCCGCCUUCUCCGUGGGCCGCCGCAAGCCCCAGCACAGCUCCGACUACUUCCAGCACGUCACCUUCGACACCGAGUUCGUCAACCUCUACCAGCACUUCAACAUGUUCUCCGGCAAGUUCUUCUGCUACGUGCCGGGGGUUUAUUACUUCAGCCUCAACGUGCACACCUGGAAUUUCAAGGAGACCUACGUGCACCUGAUGAGGAACGAGCAGCCCGUGGCCAUCCUGUACGCCCAGCCCAGCGACAGGAGCAUCAUGCAGAGCCAGAGCCUGAUGCUGGAUCUGCAGGAAGGGGAUGAGGUUUGGGUCCGCAUGUUCAAGAGGGAGAGGGAAAAUGCUGUUUACAGCGAGGAGUCGGAUGUUUACAUCAUCUUCAAUGGGUACCUGAUCAAACCCGCGCUGGAGUAGGAGCUGCUCAGCUCCAGGGAGAAGCUUUGGGCCAUCCAGCAGUGUCUUCCCUCUAGAAGUGCGUCCCUGAUUCCAUCUGGAAUGGUUGUAGCUCCUGGAAGAGUUGUUUUUCCAC